UAUUGAGAUCUGUAAAAUCCCACACAAAAUUAAUAGUAAAUAGGUGGCACUAAAAGACAUAGUUACCUAAAUAGAUUAGUUGCAUUUCAUUAUGUCACACAUUGUAGAUCCCGGGGCCCAGAGCUGUGCGUUCUAUGCGCUGGCGGGCUUAACGGGAUUCGUUUUCGGUGCCUAUUUCCAGCAGGAGAGUGCGAUUCGCCAAUUGUUCUGGAUGAUCAAAACUGAUCCAUACGUGUUUCAUCAUCGACGAAAACUAUAUCCACUCGUGUCCACAUUUCGAACAGAUCACGAAGCAAGAUUGUGGAACCGUUCCAAAUGUCUGACAAGCAGAAUACGCGAUCGUCUGAUAUAUGCGCUAUUUGAUAUGGUUAACAGUAUCUUUUUCGAUAAGAGGCCGGAGUCGAUAUCGCCCGAUUUGCUGGAUCUAAUCAAAUAUGGCCUGCCCAGCAUGGAGAACUUGUAUGUGCAUAAGGACUAUGUGGUGUCGCAAGACCUAAGUACCAAUGCUCCCAAAUGGAUGUGUGAGCAUUUGAAGGGCAACUAUAGGAAACUAACAACCGAGGGAGACGGCGAUGCCCUGCAUCUCCGCUACAAUGAUGUCUAUGUGCUGAGCUGCGGAGCCACACGCGUUUGCAAAGCAUUUAAGCGGGAAAUUUGGCGGAAGCUGGAAGAACAUGUUUCCCAAAUGACUGAGAAAUACGACUCAGUGUAUGUUUAUACGGGUCCUAUGUAUUUGCCGUGUUGUCGGCCUGGUGAGGAUUGGAGUUUGGAAUAUCAAAUUGUCGAUUGGAUUCCGUUGCCAAUGCCUUCGCACUAUUUUAAGGUGCUUAUUAUUGAUCCCCAGCUGCCGGAGUGUAGUCCCUAUAUGGAAGGAUACAUAAUAGAUAAUAAACUUAGUUCAACAUGCCAUAGCACCGUAUUGACAGAUUAUCUCUGUGAUAUUGCCGAGAUUGAGCGACAUACUGGUCUUCGGUUUUUCGAAGGUAUUCAGUCAACUGUGCGGUUCGAGAAAAAACAAUAUAAAACUAACAAUCAACCGAUCAAUCGUCCAUAUUUUAGUGAGUCAAUUCACUCAAUGCAUGUAAAUACUCUGCGAAAUUAAUUGUCAUAAAUAAUAU